UCUGAGUCAGUGUUAUGGCAUUCCAUACAUGUAACUUGUGCUGCAACAGUUGCAGUGUUUCAGUCACGAUGGGAAAGACAUCAGAUCUAAAAUCUCUGCAAGGCUUGUAGUUGCACAGCAUUUAUAUAUCACAAUUACUGACGUUUCAGAAGGAACAUAAUCAAACUGUAUGUUAAACAGACUUUAUUUCAGGUUAGCACCUCCAAUUUCCAUGAAGGAAUUUACACACAAUCACAAAAUGUGCCCCGUGGCAUUUUCUGACCUCUUCAUCAGCGCAGAGCUCAGAUAAACUGAAUUGUCCUCGAUGAUUCCUGCUGUGCUGGAGGGUACAGUGGUUUUACGCAAUGCCUCUGCAACCUGCAAACCAACCACAGCUAAUCCGAUCCACUCAGAAAGAUGACUAUUACCAGAAUUGUCUUCGGAAUAAUGCCAAUGAAGCUUUUCAGACAUUAGCUGGAUCUAAAAAGUGGCUGGAAUGGAGGAAAGAGAUUGAGUUGCUGUCAGACCUUGCAUACUACUGUUUGACAACAUUUUCAGGUUUUCAAACCCUCGGGGAGGAGUACGUCAAUAUCCUCCAGGUUGACCCCACUAAACGGAAAGUCCCUUCCCGUGCCAGACGUGGAGCUUUAAUCUGCCUUCACGUCUUUGUGCCGUAUCUCCUGGACAAGAUGCUGGUCCGGCUGGAGCAUGAACUCCAAGCAGAAACCGUGGGGCCCCGGGCUCCUCAAACCAGAGACUGGAAUCUGACCUCGUUCUUCAGGGAAAGGGCUCAAUGGGCCGUAGGGAGACUCACAGAGACACAGAGGAGGACGCUUCUUCAUGGGACGUACGUUCUGAGGCAAGGAGUCACGUUUGCACACAGACUGCAUGUAGCUCUCUUCUACAUUAACGGAGCAUUUUACCACCUUGGGAAGAGGGUAUCGGGCAUUAGCUAUCUCCGUGUUCGAGGGUUGCCAGGAGAUGACCGUGCUGUCCGUACCAGUUACAAGCUCUUGGGUGCGGUGUCGUUACUGCAGCUGGCACUGACAGUUGCGUUGCAGAUCAACAACUUCAGACAGAGGCAGAGGGCCAGGCAGGAGUGGAAACAAUACAGAAACCUCGCCUCUUCUGGCAGUUCGCCUCUGGAUCCCCUGGCUGCCCGAACCUCUCGCUGUGUCCUGUGUUUGGAGGAGCGACGCCACUCCACAGCCACACCCUGCGGCCACCUCUUCUGCUGGGAGUGUAUUACAGAGUGGUGCAAUACCAAGGAAGAGUGCCCGCUGUGCAGGGAAAAAUUCCAGCCCCAUAGACUUGUCUAUCUACGGAAUUACAAAUAGAAGAAAGAGAGAGGCGAUGACGCGGUGGUUCCUCUGUAUGAGGAAGAUGCCAAAUACCUCUCUGCUGCCAAUACAAAUAUUCCAAAGGUGUUAGGAUUUUAAGAUUGGAAGGAUAAUACAACCAGCUACUCUGUUAUGCAGUGUUUAAUCAACAGACGGUUUGCACUCGCUGGUCGGGUGAUGGAGAGUACCCAUUGCAGGAAGAAUUCAAGCUGCUACCAUAUUCAGCUCCAAAAUCACCUUGUCUUGAGUACGUGGUUUUAAUUGAGAUCAUAAUAGAGGGAAGGAUACAGUACAUUGUUGUUUUAAAUAAUUGCUAAUUUGUAAAUUUUGAUUUUGUAAAUUGACCGCAAGCCUUGAGGUGCAAACUGGAUUGAAUCAAUCUUUGUUAUGAAUUAUGAAAAAAAAAAAAAAAACUACUUGUGCAUCAA